AUGACAAAUAAUUUAAGAGCGUUUUUGGGCUUUCAUGAACUGAGUACAGUUCAUUUCUAUAAGGCCUUGUUGUGCGAAUUUUUAGGCACGGGAAUUUUGAUCGUGUCCACAUGUGGAUCUAUUGUAUCCAUGGACGCCGGGAGGGUUGUCAGUACCUUCUCAACGGCCAUGACCUCUGGCAUGACAGUGGCCUAUAUUGUGUGGACGUUUAACCAUGUCAGUGGCGCCCAUAUCAACCCAGUGGUGACUUUUGCGUUUAUGAUUACAGGGAUUGUGUCUUUAACAAAGACAGUUGGAUACAUCUUAUCUCAGUGUAUCGGAGCUGUGACCGGCGCGGCUAUCAUCUGGUACAUGCUGCCUCCGUCCUGGAGGGGAAACCUUGGCAGCACUGUCUUUCAUGAAGACGUAACACUAGCCCAGGGAUUUUUUAUCGAAGUCAUCAGUACCUUCAUCAUGGUCCUGGGUGUCUUUGCUACCAGCGACAGGUACCGGACUGACCACUCGGGCUCUCUGCCCCUGACCAUUGGCUUGAUCGUGUUUAUGGAGAGCGCCUGGGCUGGCAAGCUGACUGGUUGUAGCAUGAACCCAGCACGCUCUCUGGGACCUGCCGUGCUAUCUGGCUCCUGGGAUCAUCACUGGGUGUAUUGGCUGGCGCCAGCUCUGGGAUCCUCGUGUGGAUCACUUCUGUACCAGCAUGUCUUGGCAGAGUCCCCCCAGGAAGCCAACACCAGCAUCCACAUAGACCCCAGCGAUCCCCACCACGAGAACCCCUCCUAUUUGAAGAAGUUUACAGACAAAACCAUUAUCGUCCAACCCGCUGUUAGUCAGUUCUGA